AUGAGUUUCAAUUCUGACCUACAGAAUUCCAUGUUCUCCUCAGAGGACUUCAAUUUUCAAGAAAUUCAGGACCCACAAAUCAGUUCUAUUCAUACCAUGGAAGAAAUGAACAAUAACCAAGUUCAUUUCUAUGGAGAUGAAGAUUGGGGUGACUUCGGGGUUAAUCCUUCCUUUUCCUUUGACUAUGGCUACAAUCAAGAUGAAAACUUGGCAGGAGAGUUCUUUAGCUCCAAAUAUCACUCACAAGAUCAACACCAACAAUCAAAUUCAGUCCAUGAAAUGCUUGGUGAUCCUGAAUAUGAUGUGGGCCCACCAUCACUUGAAGCAUGUCUAGAGGAGAUAUCAACAAAGAUUGGUGAUGAAACAAACCCAAAUGCUGCCCAACAUGUUGGAGUAAAGAAGAGUAAGGAAUAUCCAUUCUCUUUGGCUGCUCUUGAGCUAUUAAACAGUUAUGGAAGUGGGUUUAAGAGAUUGAAGGGUCAAAGAAUCAUUGAACCAAUCAACCACGGAAAUCAUAGCAAUAGUUUCACUGAGGUUGUGGCUGCAGAUAGGAAGUUUUCGACCGAAGAAAUCUUGAGGAUUGCUGGUGCAAGGUUCAUUCAGUCCUAUUCUCAGCAGGAGAAUUAUAACCAUCCUUUUGAGUGGUCCUUUUCUGGCCUUUCCAAUGAAGAGAUCAAAGAUGUUGAGCUUGUGGAGUUGCUUCUUGCUUCGGCUGAGAAAGUGGAGAGUCAACAAUAUGAAAGUGCAAGCCGGUUAGUCAAUCUUUGUGAUCACUUGUCUUCCAACACAGGGAAUCCGGUUCAAAGGGUGGUUUACUAUUUCUGUGAGGGUCUUAAGGAAAAGAUUGAUAGAGAAACAGGAAGGAUUGGAGGAGUAUCAUCGAAGGGGCUUGGAAAAAGUCACAAAUUGUUUGAUAUCGAUAAUACAAGCUUGGUUCCCUGCAUGCCUACUAUCGCGCUACACCAAGGACAACCUCUCUUCCGAGCGGAAAAAGUUGCCGCAGUGCAGGCCAUAGUGGAAAGCAUUGGUGAAGCAAAGAAGGUUCAUGUGAUCGAUCUCAGGAUCGCGUUUGGCAUGCAAUGGACUGCCGUAAUGGAAGUUCUCGCAUCACGACGCGAAAACCCCAUUGAGCUUCUCAAGAUAACAGCUAUUGCAGGCACAACAGCUCCAAGACAUGUCAUUGAGGAGGCAGGGAGGUGGUUGGAAAACUUUGCGUCUAACAUGAAGAUACCUUUUUCUUUCAAGGUAGUUAUGAUGGAAGACGUGUUGAGCCUCAAAGAAGACCUUUUCGAGUUGGACACUGAGGAAACUCUCGCUGUCUACUCUUCUUAUGGAUUGAGAAGUUUGAUUUCACAGCCAACUCAAUUAGAGUCUCUAAUGAGGGUGAUUAGGAGCCUCAAUCCUUGUGUCAUGGUUGUGAAUGAAGUUGAGGCAAACCACAAUUGUCCGGCCUUUGUGAACCGUUUCAUUGAAGCCCUUUUCUUCUAUGGAACUUUCUUUGAUUGUCUUGAGGCUUCCCUGAAACAUGAUGACACAAAUAGGUUGAUAUUCGAGUCACUCUAUUGCGGUCGAUCAAUCAGUAACCUCGUGGCGGCCGAGGGAGAGGAGAGAAAGAUUCGGCAUGUGAAAAUCCAUGUGUGGAGAGCUUUCUUUGCCAGGUUUGGAAUGGAGGAGCUAGAGUUGAGCCCAUCAUCCAUACAACAAGCAAAGAUGGCCUUGAAGAAUUUCCCAUGUGGGAGUUCUUGCACACUUGAUAUGAGUGGGAAAUGCCUUAUGAUGGGGUGGAAGGGCACCCCGCUUAGUUCUCUAUCUGCUUGGAAAUACCUUUAGGCUGAGUUUGGUAGGAGGGAAAAGCAGUAGGAAGGAUGGGAGUGGGAGGAUCAGUGGAUGGAUCUUAAUACCACCUAGAUUCUAUACUUUUCCCUCCUUCCUAUAUAUUCUUUUCUCUAUUACCAAACACAUCCUUA